AUGAUGAACAUGGGCCCUUCCAACUACCCUUUCAACGAGACGUAUGCCACGCUGAUCCCCGUGGGGUCCUUGUGCUUUCCGUUGGUCAUGGUGAGGAGAGCAGAUUCACCAGCGUUGCAGUGGCGAGCGGUUGAAGAAGUGGAAGAAAUAAGCGCCUUGCUCAUCGGUGACUCCGUGGUCAUGAAGGUGCCAAACACCGGCGGACUGGCGCACUUCCUGACGAUGGAGGCGUACGCCGAGUGCUUUCCCGCCGGCGUGGUGAACUUCGUCUCGGGUCGCGGCCGCGACACGAUGCCGCCCUGCAUGGAGUCCGGGCUGGUCGACAUCUUUGCUUUCAUCGGCUCCUCGAAAGCGGCCGACGCCCUGGUCAAGGCGCACCCCCAGCCACAUCGGCUGAAAAACCUCUUGUCCCUGGAUGCGAAGAACCUGGCCAUAGUGAUGCCCGAUGCGGACCUUCAUCUUGCCGUUAAGGAGUGCCUGGCCGGCAGCACCUCCUUCAAUGGCCAGCGGUGCACCGCCAUCAAGCGUAUCAUGCAAAGCCUGGAGUACCAGCUGACGUCGAUCCGAAAUCUGGUUGUGCAGCCAGGGCCUCUAGCAGAUGAGCGGCUGCGGACACUGCGGCAGAUGCUCCGAAACCCAGCAAGUUUCAUCUUGGGCUGGCAGCAACGAGCACAGUUCCUUUGUCAUCUGCGCAGCUGGCGUCCAGCUCCUGAGAAUGAAGCCGUUUGGCAUCCCAUCCGUGAUGACGCGGCUGCUAGGGUGACAGCUCUUACAUUUCCUGAGCUCAGCCCCGAGGGCGCAGUGAUGUUGGAGUUGGUUGCUGGUGGCUACGGUGCCAGCUUUGCUGUUGCACUUGCGAUGCCGAAGGUUGAGUGGCAAGAGCUCAAGAAUCGGGUUCUCGCCCUCCCUGACGAGUCCAUCUCCAACGAGAGUCUUGGAGGCAGAACAUCCGAUGAGUGUACCACAAGCCACUCGGUAGUGAAUGGAAUGGCGGAGUACGAUGAUCCAGUGCGGGUGGCCGGCUUUCUGAGUGCCUUCCCCGAUGGGGCAUUCGGCACGCCAGAGAUCUUUGGCGUUCUCGCGAAUUUUGCUCAAUAG